UUUUGCAAUUAAAUAUAUGAUUUAAGUUUCUGAAGUAACUUUACAGGAAGCUUUAGCAAAGAAAGAGGAAGGAAACAAAUUCUUUGUAGAAAAGAAGUAUGAUGAAGCCAUAAAAUGUUAUAGUGAAGCUAUAGGUAUAAUGGAAUAGAUUAUCAAUGAUUAGAUCAUAAUCCAAAUGAGGCAAUUUAUUAUUCAAAUAGAGCAGCCUGUUAUUUAGCCUUAAGAUAAUAUAAGAAAGGAUUAGAUGAUGCAGAAUAAGCAUUAAAGAGAGAUUCAAACAACGUAAAAACUUUAAGAAGGAAAGCACUCGCCCUUUAAAAUUUGGGAAGAUUGGAAGAAUGUGUAAAUUCUCUGAAUGCAGCUUUGUAAAUUACUCCUGGAGAUUAAUCAUUAAAAUAAGAGUAUUCUACAGCAUAACAAGUAAACUAAUAAAUUCAUUUUAGAUUUGUUAAAGUUAUUUAGAAGGUUUGAAAUAAAUUUAAAAUGAAGAUUAUUAAAAGGCCUUAUAUUAAUUUUAAUAAGUUAUAUAAGUGUGUUCAUAAUCUUUAGAGAUAUAGAUCUUAUUUGUUGAGUGUUUAGCAAAGUGUGGUGAAAACGAUAGAGCUAGUAAAUGGUUGAUGUAAAUAUAAAGUGAACAUGGAACAACUCCAGAUGUUUAUUAUUUAAAGGGAAUAAUUGAUUUAUAUAAUGGAAAUAGUGAAAAAGCAAAGAAAAUAUUAAUAGAUGGAAUGAAAGUGGAUCCAGACAAUAAGAAAUGUAGAGAAGCAUUAAAGAAGGCAAGGAAAUGCGAAGAAUUAAAAGAAAAAGGAAAUAAAUUACUAUAAGAGGUUAAAUUAAAUGAUGCUAUUGAAUGCUAUACGGAAGCAUUGAGUGUUGAUCCAUAUAAUCGUAAAAUUAAUUCAAUAAUAUAUGCUAAUAGAGGAUUAGGUAUUUUAUUAUUAUUUUAUUUAGUUAAACAAAAAAUGAAUCAACAUAAAGAGGCUAUUGAUGAUUUUACUAAAUCUAUAGAAUUAAAUCCAUAAUAUUAUAAAGCUUUAAUUAGAAGAGCAGAAUCAUAUGAUAAAUUAGGAUAAUUUGGAGAUUCAGUCCAUGAUUAUUAAUAAGUUAUUUAAAUAGAACCAUCUUUAGAAUAAGAAAUGGCAUAAAAAUUAAGAGAAGGUCAAAAGAAAGAAAAAUUAGCAAAAAAGAAAGAUUAUUAUAAAAUAUUAGAGGUAGGUAGAGAUGCAACAGAAAAUGAAAUAAAAAAGUCUUAUAGAAAAUUGGCAUUAUUAUGGCAUCCUGAUAAAUUAAAAGAUAAAGAUGAAGAAACUAAAGUAAAAAUAUUAUUAUUAAUAUAUGAUAGUAAUUAGGAUAAUAGAAGUUUAGAGAUAUAGCUGAAGCAUAUGCAGUAUUAUCUGACAAAAAAAAGAAGGAUCUUUAUGAUUCAGGAGUAGAUCCAAAUGAUUAAAAUGGAGGUUUUGAUGGAGGAGUAGAUCCAUCUUAAGUUUUUCAAAUGUUCUUUGGUGGUGGAGGUGGUUUCCAACAAUUCCCAUUUGGGGGUAGUGGAGUUCGUUUUGAAUUUAGAUGAAGUCAAAAUCUAUAUUUUUAAUGUUAAAAAUAAA